CAACAACAAUCAUGUCCGGCACGCUCAUCUCGUCCCUCGCGUGGGUCCCGCGCGGGCGCGCCGCCCUCCAGCCGCGAAAGUACGAGCUGGACGAGUCGGAGCUCGAGCGCGUUGGCAAGCUCGGCGGGCCGGGCGUACUCGAGCAGCUCAAGGAACAGAUGAUGGAGAUGGAACAGGACGACGGCGAGUGGGAGGAUAUGGGGGACGACGCCGGGGACGACGACGAGGAAGAGGACGAGGACGAAGACGACGAUAAGAUGGAGGAGGACGACACUCCGGCCAAGCCCAGCGACCCCAGCGACCUUUCGGCAUACAAGAUGGACGAGUACGACGAUGAGCCUUCGGGGAGCGCAGCCAUGGGCGCGUUUGCCAACGUCAAGGGCCUGUCUUAUUACCGCACGAACGACGAGGACCCAUACAUCACGCUAAAGGAGGACGACGAGGAGAUGGAGCGGGAGGAGCUCGCGCUGUUGGCAACCGAUAGCAUGAUCGUCACGGCGCGCACGACUGCCGACCUCUCGGGCCUCGACUUCCAUGUGUACGACGACGCCAACGAGUCGCUCUACCCGCACCACGACCUGAUGCUGCCCGCGUUCCCGCUCUGCGUAGAAUGGCUCGACUUCCCCUCCGGCACCUCGGACUCGUCCAAGACUGGCAACUUUGUCGCGGUGGGUUCGUUCGACCCCUCGAUCGAAAUCUGGGACUGCGAUGUCGUCGAUGGGCUGUAUCCCCAGGCGAUCCUGGGUCCCGCGGGCUCGCUGGAGAAGCCCCAGGCCAAGCCUAAGGGCACGGGCAAGAAGAAGCGCAAGCAGAUGGUUCAGCCGGCUGCGAAUCCCGAUCACCAUGUCCAGCCCGUCCUCACGCUUUCGUGGACGCCCAAGUUCCGCAAUCUGCUGCUGUCGGGCAGCGCGGACGCGACGGUCAAGCUGUGGGACCUGACGCGUGAGAGCCCGAUGGCCGCUCAGAGCUCGUGGGACAAGAUCCACGGUGGUGAGAAGGUGCAGGCUGUUGAGUGGAACCGCUCGUCAGGUUCGGGAGCCGACAGCGCUGUCCUCUCUGGCGGCUGGGACCGGACAGUGCGUGUGUGGGACGCCAAGUCCAAGGACGGCGAGGGAUACGCUGUCUCGGUGGGCGCGGACAUCGAGUGUGUGCGCUGGGACCCGUGGGACGCGACUUCUUUCUAUGUGUCGUUGGAGAACGGCCUCAUCCUGGCGUACGAUGCAAGGACGAUGGGCGCCGGCGGCGCGCAGCCAAAGUUCACGCUGUCGGCACACGACGGCGCCGCCUCGGCCAUGGACAUCAACCCGCACGUGCGCGGGUGUAUCCUCACGGCGGGCAUGGACAAGCAGGUCAAGAUUUGGAACGUCGCCGACGACGAGAGCGAGGGUACGACAGGCCGAAAGCGCGAGGUGUCGCUCGUCGCGCACCGCGACCUCGGGCUGGGCAAGGUGUUUGCUGCGCGGUGGUGCCCCGACGCCGAAACGCCCCUCGCGCUCGCUGCCGCGGGGUCCAAGGCGACGCUGCAGGUGUGGGACGCCGCGAGUAAUGCCGGGGUGCGCAAGGCGUUUGGUGAGCGGUUGCGGCGCGCCGGGCGGGAGAUGGGCGCGAUCAAGGAGAGUGGGGGUGUCGUACAGGUUAAUGAUGGAGGCGACGAGGAGGAGGAGUAGUUUGGGCUCCCGCUACACAUGCAUACCUGCAUUUUCCCGAGCGCCGAGGUGCCAAUCGCAUUAGUAGGGCGCACAAAAGUCGCUGUGAUACAUCCAAAGGAGACACCUUGAGGGCUUCGACAACUCAUACGAAAAUGACAUGCUUCCAAACCACGUCAGAGCAAACGCUCCAAAUUGCUUCUGGCCUAGAUAUCGGUUGGUGGGUUAUCGACAUCUCGUAAGGUUCAUGUGGGCUCUGGACUAGCGGAUUAGGAGAUAUGUAUCCCAUCGAGG